CUUUGACUGUUGUGUGUGCUGUUUGUUCGAUAGCAUUAAAUUCUGUACACACAGUUAACAAUUUAACAGAAACAACCAAAGACCAAAAAUUCAUAUUUUGUUAAAUACAUAUUUCGAAAGUUGAACAGAUUUAUAUGAAAAUGUGCGAACAUUUCUGUGAUGAUUUGGAGACUUUUAAUCCCGAGAUUGAGUUCUUAAAGUUCAUCAAACGUAAGCCUGUUGUGCAGACUGCGAAACUCUAUGAGAAUCUGCACAAACGUGAGGACAUCAAGUGUCCCUACAACUUCAAGGGCUACGGCGUUGAGAAGGACACCAAUACCAUGUAUCGCACUUGCAACUCGGAAUAUGGUUACUAUGCACCCAAUUCCUACACCAUUCCGACGCGCUUCUUUCCACUCUCUCAAAGAUUCUCCAAUGAUGUGGUGCGCUUCGGCAUGUAUCGCAAUUUCUCGCUAAAUACCCAUAUGGAUAGUACGUUCUACUAAGACUCGAGGCUUGAGAAGUAGCUCAACUUUCUCAAAGUAUUUCAAAUUUAUCCAGGGUUGUCAUCUUUUAAGCUUGCUUCAGAGUUUCUGAGAUAUUGGUAAAAACCUGCAUUUACUGAGAAAUGAAAUACUCAGCUCAAAAUUAAAUUUGUCAAUACUUAAAGCAGUUAGAAGUUAUAAACUCAGUUGCAACAUUAAAAUAACAGAUGAUAAAAAAAUUUAAAAAAAAAAAAAGAGUUCAAAAUAAAACGUUUAUUAAAUUAUUG